GCCAGAAGCACUCAACGCGAACUUUUUGGGCUCUCGCGUUGUCGCGUUUCCCAAAUAGCUCCGCAACGCAGACAUCACUCAUUCUCACAAAUCCCCUUACAAAACGUCAAAAUGUCAGACUACGAGGAUGGAAUGGACAUUGAUGCGCCAGCAGUAGACAACCCGGUAUUAUUCAGCUCCGAUAAAACUUCAGAAGGCAAACGAAGUGCUGCGAAUCUCCCAGUGGAGGCUGAAGAUAGUCUGCCCUGGUAUAACCCCCCGCCAAUUGGUCUACAUAUAUACUAACCAAGAAGAAGGGUAGAAAAAUAUCGUCCGGAUACUUUGGAUGAUGUUUCUGGUCAUCAAGAUAUUCUGGCAACAAUCAAUAAAUUUGUAGACACAAAUGUAAGUACAAUUGAGCAUUGCAACCAACGCACAAGCUAAUGAAUCCAGCGACUACCCCAUCUUCUCCUCUACGGCCCUCCCGGAACCGGAAAAACAUCGACGAUUCUGGCACUCGCGAGACGGAUAUAUGGAGCAAAGAAUGUACGCCAAAUGGUCCUCGAACUGAAUGCUUCAGACGAUCGAGGUAUCGAUGUUGUCCGUGAACAAAUCAAGACAUUCGCAAGCACCAAACAGAUCUUCACUAUGAAUCAAAAUUCUGGCGCAAACAAUUCGAUGGCAACCUACAAACUCAUUAUAUUGGACGAGGCUGAUGCGAUGACAUCGACAGCACAGAUGGCUUUGAGACGAAUCAUGGAGAAAUACACGGCGAAUACAAGAUUCUGCGUGAUUGCAAAUUAUACACAUAAGCUUAGUCCAGCAUUGUUGAGUCGAUGUACAAGAUUUAGAUUUAGUCCACUGAAGGAAAAGGAUAUUCGGGUACUGGUCGAUAAGGUCAUUACGGAAGAGAAUGUGCGGAUUGAUCCACCAGCAACAGAUGCAUUAGUGAGAUUGAGUAGGGGUGAUAUGAGAAGGGCAUUGAAUGUGCUACAGGCGUGCCAUGCAAGCAGUAGGUCAAUUACAUGCGAACAUUUGCCGCAGUCAACUAACUUGUUCUUUCUAGGUACACCAAUCCACAUAAAGGGCACUCCCAAAAUUGCUGAGAAGGAUAUAAAGCGAGACCUUAUUACCGAAACGACCAUAUACGAAUGUAUCGCCUCCCCACAUCCAGACGAUAUCAAGACUAUCAUGAAUACACUCCUCAAAACGACCGAUGUCACAUCAUGUUUACAGCUCAUCAACACCCUGAAAGCAUCCCAAGGUUUAGCGUUGGCAGAUAUCAUCACUACGCUUAGUGAAGAGCUGACGAAGCUGGAUGCUCCAGCACCUGUGAUGAUUACAUGGCUAGAUGGAUUGGCAGAGGUCGAAUACCGAUUAAGUGGAGGAGGCGGAGAAGUAGUUCAAACAGGGGCAGUAGUCGGAGUUGUACGAAGCGGCGUUGAGCUCAUGGACAAGAAAUAGGGGAGUUGGUGUGUGUAGAAAAUGUUGUUGCAUAUAGCUUUGGCGUUCAGGUUUGGUCUGGGUCAGACGUAAGUUUAUGUCUUUACGAAUACCGAGGGACCAUGGUAUUUGUUACAAAAAUAAGAAUCAGUCAAAUUUCC